AUGGGCGCCAGCGGCUCCAAAGCUAGGGGCCUCUGGCCCUUUGCCUCGGUGGCAGGAGGCAGCGGCCUGGAGGCGGCGGGCACCGAGCAAGCUCUGGUGCGGCCUCGAACCCGAGCGGUGCCUCCUUUCGUAUUCACACGCUGCGGCUCCAUGUCCUAUGAUGAAGAUGGAGAUCUGGCUCACGAGUUCAACAAGGAAACAAUCAUCACCAAGAACGGGCAGAAGCGCGCCAAGCUGAGGCGAGUGCAUAAAAAUCUGAUUCCUCAGGGCAUCGUGAAGCUGGAUCCUCCGGGUGAUUCCCUAUGA